CAGGAAGCUCCACGAACCAUGAACGCGUCGCUGACAUCAACAUGAUGUGAGGUCCUCGAAUCGCGAUGUCUUUGGUAACCAUAUAUGCACGCUGUCAUAGUGCGGCAGUGGUAGGUCUUCCUUCAAAAUGCUCUGCUCUCGCGUAAGUACACGCCUACUACAGCAUUCGCGUCCAAUCCUACGAACUACAGCAUUACGCCCAUUCUCAGCAACCACAGCAAUCAUGGGUAAAGAUUCAAAGGUCUCGAAGAACCCACCUAAGCAUGAGCUGGUGUACUUUGAGGGGCUGGCGUCCAGGAAGCGGGAGUUUGGACAGUUCAGAAAGGUCCUGCAUACAGGCCUCUAUUCCCAGAUCGUAACGAUGGAGAUCCCAGUGGGAGGUGACAUUGGGGACGAAGUGCACACUGUCGACCAAGUCCUACUCUUCACAAGCGGUGAAGGGAAGGCCACUGUGGCUGGGAAAGACCAAAACGUGAAAGCAUCCGAUGUCGUCGUGGUACCAGCAGGCACCCAGCAUCAAUUCAUCAACACCUCCAAAACCCAGCCGUUGGAGCUCGUCACGAUCUACAGCCCCGCCGAGCACGAUCCUCAGACUGUACACAAGACGAAAGAGGAGGGCGACGAGGAGGAAGAAAGUGGCAAGGACGAGGCACCAAAGUGGAGCCAGCAGUCCAAGGACAGCAAUGAGAAGAAUGGUCAGGUCAAGGAAAGUGGAGGUCCGUAUGAGAAUGGAGAUGAUGGCAGACACCAGAAGUCCUGAACAGCUACUGUAGGUAGUGACAAUCAAUGAAAGACAAUUUCAACUUCAG